AUGGCUUCCUUAUCAAGCGAAGGCAGCGCAAAGGAUAGCGAAACCUUAAAAGAAUUAUUGAAAUAGAGACCCAGAAUCUAAAAAAAAUAACAAGCAACCAAAAUCAACAAAUGCAAUUCAAAUCCUUGUUGGAAUCAAGAAGAUUUAAAGAAAUUAGAGAAGUGCGUUUCUAUUUUGGGAACUGAUUUCGAUUUAAUAUAGUUAUUAUUUAAGAAUAGAACUAGGAAAUAAAUUAUGAAUAAAUACAAAAAGGCCAAAAUACAAUAUGAUCGUAGACACAAGGAAAAAUUUUUAAGAAUUCAGGAGGUACUCAAAAAAGAAAAGGAAGUCUAAAGACAUCGUCUGGGAAGCAUAGAUUCAAUUGAUUUAGUAAUAAACUUGAACAUAAUUUAGAACAUAGCUUUAGAUAUUCAUGAGCUUAGCACAAAAAAGGAGUGA